AAUGUUUCAUCACUAUUGGAGGAUUAUUCGGAUUCACUUUCGACUCUGAAUCGCCCCCAAGGCCAAACAUGGAGGAUUCGAAAUCCAUCCCAAUUGAUCGAUAGAGCUCAGCCUGUGAAGUCGAUUGGGUUGAGAGUGGAUCAGGAUUCUUACUCACGAGAGCUUUAUUUCUAAGCGUUCGAAGUAACUCUUCUUGAGCACAAUCGAGUUGGAUAGUUGCGCCAUUUUCAGUAAAAGGAGCGGUAUUUGGAGGGACAAAUUUCUGAAGAUCGGAUUCGGAUGCUCUUCUACUCAAUGACCCAGAUCUGCUUCUCAAGAACGAGGCAGCGAGGUUGGGCAACUGAGUAGGGAAAGUAUCAGGUGCCGUUGUGCCCAUUGGAGGAUUGGAACUCAUGUUAUGUUGAAGAAACAAAGGAGGCAAAAAGGGAUUUCUUGUUCCAUUUUCACUCAAAUUACAGUAAUUCUGGAACUGAGAGUAGAUUUGAGCUACCGGUGUGGAGGAAUUACUAUUUGGAAUUACGGCUUCCGAUCUUGAUGGAUGAUUUAAAAACGAGUUUCUAG